CUAACGCACAUUUACUCUCUCUCACUCUGGCUCUCAGUACCUCUGUCCAGACUGCUGCUCCAGACCUCACCGCCCCUUUCCAUUCAAACCAACUUUAAGCCACACGUCUGUGCGUGUGAGCCAGCAUUUCAUCCAGACCCUGCUCUGCGCUUUUAGGAGCCUCUUAGUUUGUUAAAGUUUCAGUUGGAGGAUAGUGACCAACAAUGACCAAGAUGAGGAUCAUACUGCUGCUGCUGGUCGCCCUGGCAGGGCCUUUCUGUACCUUUACCCAAGCAAGUACUCUGGUGAUGCCAACAGCUUUUGUGACUCCAGUGCCAGGAACUGUAUCAGAAACACCUGCUGUCAUAGCCACAACAGAAAAAUUAGCUCCUCAAGAAGGUGCUUCAACACCAGCACCUGUUCCUGAGGCUACAGAAGCAGCUGCCUCAACAGGAGAAGCGCCAUCAUCUUCCACAGAAGCACCAGCGACACAAUCAGAUGUCCAAAUAGAAACAGCAGCCCCAACAGAUGAUACUAAAUCAGCAGAAGCUGGACCAGAAGAGAUGGCCACCACUGUAGCCCCUACUGAAGUUAAAAAGCUGCCAGCACAAACUGAGAAAGUUCCAACUGAAACAGGAUCAGAGUCUCCAAAUGUAGAGAUAGAGAAUGAAGAAGAUACAGGCACAGGACAGUUGGUGGGGAUUGUAAUCGGCGCAUUGAUUGGAGUGAUUGUUGUCAUUGCUGUAAUCAUCUUGGUGGUCAGAAGAAUGGGCCAGUACUCCCCCUGAAAAGGAAGGCACGACAGGAAGAGAAGAAGAAGAAAUUGCGGAAGUUCUGAACUAUUGUUCUAAUGUUUAAAACAAUGCAAGCAGCACUCUCACAAUCCACCCAGGACUAUAAGGGGAGUAGGAGAGUGCCCCAUCCCCUUUCCAAUUGAAAAAGAUGCCCUCCCCAACCCUCCGACACCUCUCCAACGCCCACAAAAUCCCUUAUUUAGAAUCCUCAUUUAUACCCUAACAGUGGGAGGCCACAGGAAGUUAAUGGAAGUUAAUGCAUAUUAAUAUAACAGGAUACGAGUGAAUGUGGUCUCACUUACUGAGUUUGCGAAGGUCCUAAUAAACAAAAACAAGAAAACAACUGCACAUGCAAGCAAAAGCUUGUAUGUUUUUUUAAUUCCCCUGAGUGUAAAUAUCAUACAAAGGAAUGUAAUAUCUUCAUGUGUGGAAAAAAAAGCCAAUCCAAGAUCAUUAUUUUUCUCAAUUUCUUACUUUUUCCUCUCUACAGACGUGUCCAAUAGGACUAUGACGCAUUAUGUACAGUUUAUGAUACAUAUAGGCAGAUGCUGUGGACACAUUCUGUUCUCAGAAUAGGCUCAAGAUGUGUAAUUUACCGGUCUAGUGGCAUUAAUAUUUUUUAAUUAUAGUUAAGGGGAGCAGCACAAAAUAAGUGCUUGAGAUUUACUCUUUUGAAGUGCAUUAAUACAGAGUGACUUGAAUGUGUUGUUCCUAACUGUCACCCAUUCCAAAAGUGACAUCACUUCCUCUGGGAUGCAUCAUUAUUAUGUGUUCCAAUUAGCUUAGCUCCAUUGCACGCAGCUGCUAUUGGCAUGUAUCACUAAAAUCCUCAUGUUCCUCACCCUGGAUUACAACAUUUUAACAGCAUACAGACAUUUUGCAUGGUUUAGUUGUUUGCAUUUCUUUUUUGUCAAUGUUGGGUUUGUGUUUCUUACUGACGUUCUAGAGCGUGGCUAUCCUAGGCUUUGCUUAAGAGAUCAGUAAUAGGUGCACUGAAUGAUGAAGAAUAAAUGUUCAAUAUUGAGAAAGGACUUUAGACACUGCAAAUGUUUGCAACGAUUUUUUUUUUUUUUUUUGCCAGAUUCCUCUUUAUAUCCCGUCACUCCAUGAUUUCAUUUUCCCAUUUGAUCCACUUAAAACUGAGUGUUUAUCUUUGUAUUUUGGGGGUGGUGUUUUUUUGUUUUGUUUUGUUUUGUUUUUAUUGGUCAGUUUCAAUAAAAAAGUUCCAAAGUA